AUGAAUGUGUCAUGGGUGACUCAUUGGUUUUCACUGCGGAAUCACAUAAAAUUAGUUUUGGGAGAUAGAAAUCAUAAUAAAGCAAGUUCAAAAUGUCCAAUUAAACGGUAUAAAAGUGGUAAAUAUUUUCUUGGUGAUAAGCUAGAUGUUCAAGAAACUAUGCAUGAGAGAAUAAAACUUCUGGAAACAUUAGCCAAAGAUUGCCAAGUUCUUGUCCAUGUCAAAGGCAGUUAUUAUCAACUGCAGAAUCCAGCAGCACAAGUUCCCAUUUCUGAUUCUAAUUUGGUUAUUGGACACGGUUUCGCAUUUGAACUUCGAGAUGCACAAGACAGAAUGUUGUGCAAUAGUGUUUGUCUAAACAAAAAUCCGUUGGAUAUCGCGGAAGUGAAAUGUUUUAUUUCGGGAGCCAUUAAUCGUGGUUGGACUUGGUCACGUACGAAUCCAACUGUUUUAAGUGACGGCUUUUAUGAAGCAAAUCCGAGCACUUAUCAAAAAACCAAAACUCAAAUUCAAACAGAUUGUCAAAAUGUUAAACUUAAACGACAAAUGAUGCUCGCAUUGCGUCGAUUAUAUGACGAUGAAACGAACGUAGAAUAA